AUGGCAGAUCCAGUCGGCAUAACCGGUAAUGCUAUCGGUGUAAUUUCGUUUGGUCUUCAGUUAUACACUGGAAUCACUCAAUAUCUCGACGCCGUGAAGGGACGAGACGAAGAUCUGCAACGGGCUAAGCAGUAUGUCAAUGCCUUCCAAGCAUCGCUGAAAGUCCUUGGCGACACAAUCCUCAAGGUCAACGAUGAACAAGCUGCAGCCAAACACGUCGUUCAAGACUGCAAGGUUUCAUGCGAAGCUGAACUCACUGCUCUCGAUGCGCUUCUCAACGACUUGAAAGGGCCACAGAUUCCCUCAGACGAUCCUAUCAGCAAGGAGAAAGCUAUUCUGGACUUACAAAAUUCUGUCAACAUCAUCCAGGUGACAGCCGGGAACAUUUCUGGGGCAACGCUGCAGCAAUCAGGGGCCUUGAAGCUGGCGAAUGACACCUUGACUCAAUCUCACCAAGAGAUCAAGAAUAUAUCGCAACGAGUAUCAUUAGCCCCGUUUGAUCCAAGAAUCGACGAGAUUCUGUCCCAUUUACGCAAUAUUCCCAACGCUCAACAUCAAUCCGCUCAACUGGUGGCAUAUCAACAGGAUCUCAAAACGUUGUGCGAUGCUGUGAGGAAUCUAUCGCCUCACGUCGCGACUCAAAUGGCAGACCAUGGAAUCCCGAAAGCCAAUUUCAAGAACGUCCAAAGUCGUGGGAAUCAAUGUUGCUAUGGUGCAAGACGUCGUGACCGGAUCCGCAAGGAAGUUCGCUGGGGAAUGUUGUUCUUCGAAACAGAGCUUGAAAAAACAGUCUACCAUACACCAGAAUGUCGCUUUUCAAAACUGGUAUCGCCGACUCAAAAGAAGAUGAAUGCCAUCGGGUUUUCCGUUCCACGCAUUACGAGAAUAUUGUCGCAUGCUGUCCGCUUCUCAAUGUCUCUUAAAACUGGCGCUGGUGGACUGAACCUAGCCCAGAACAUUACCUGGACCGCAACGAUCAACGAACAUUCCUCACCAGCAUUUAGGAUAAUUGACAGCCUAUGUGCCCUGAAAAGGGGGCCUGGUCAAGUUCUAGGGGCUGAAUAUCACUAA